CUUCUAUUUCUACCUUUACCUGGCUUCCGGAAACCUCUGCAGACCCUAAGAAUGGCAUCAUUUCACUCACCAGUCUUCGAUUGCAUUCCGACAAAAGAACAACAGGUUUUUUUUAUUGAUGUUCAUUUUGUAUUCUUAAUUCUUGACACAAAUUAUUUAAAAGUUUGCUCCAUCAAUUACUCAUCAUGUUUACUAAAGGUGUGAUUAAUUAAAUCAUUAUCAACUUUAUUAUUAUUAAUUAUUACCCUGAGAGGAAUUAGCCAUAGUUGGAUACUCUGCUAGAGUAAUAAUUGAUGAUGAAAAAAAUUAAUCAAAGCUUGUCAAUCAGUUGUUGGAUGAACCUUGCAGUGAUUUUGUGCUUCUUACCAAUGACUGUGGCUAUCUAUCAUGAUUCUGAGUUGGAAAAAAAUUACUUCAACUCCAGCAGUGAUAAUAUUAGCAAUAAUUACUCCAAUGAUAGCAUAAUAUACGUAAGUUUGAUUGACAAAAAUGAUAAAGUUAUUGGAGAUGAUGAUAGAAAUUCGACAUUGAACAUUGCAACCUCAGAGGCUUCUGAAUUAAAAGACAAUUCAACUGAAUCUAAUCCUCUAACGAUGCCACAAAAAUGGGAAGUUACGAAAUCUAUUUUAGAGUUUCCGAAAAUCGAUAACAGUGUACACUUCAAGAUAAUGGAUUUACCUUUGAGAAAUGAAACUAUUCCAUUUGAUUUUCUACGUGAUUUUAAUAGAGUCAUCAUGCCUUAUGAUAUACCUCACAGUCUCAUCAAAGAUGUGAUGGAGAAUCGCAUGACUCCAUCAAAAUUGAUCUCUGAGUAUCUUUAUAUCGAAGGAGGCUUACUGGCUUUGAUCAGCAUUUGUUUACUUCUGGCAUGUGUGGUUCCUGGUAUUGAAUGUUGGCUAGCAUGUCGACCCAUCAGAGAUGACUACAAACCACCCAAAUAUCCAGGGUUCCUCAUUUUCUUACUCUCCUGUGCAAUUGUUCUCCUAGGGGUUGGAGCUUCUGGAUUAAUCUACUGCAAUGAAUCAAUAAGUGAUGGAGUUGAUAAAAUUUCCCUGACAUUUGAGACUGCGAUGGAGGAUCUAAGUGAUUACUACACAGAUACCACAAUACAAUUGAGAAAAUGUCUAACUCGAAGUCUAAAUGUUGCCAACGAGGCCAUAAUGGUGGAUCUAGACAACAUCGACGAGUUGUUGGGGAAACCAAUCCAAUCGGAUUUAAAUCGAGAAACUGGUCUAGAAAGUGCACUGAGCCAAUUAUUAGAAGUAGCUGAUGCGAGUCAAGAAAUCUCAAUGAAUGCUGAUAUGCUGAUAAAAAAUGCUGAAGAAGCUCGAGAUUUAAGUGCUGAAUUGAAUCACGAGAUUGAAAGCAUCAGACGUGAUCUGGAAGGUACCAGAAAGGGUUGCAUUUCACCACAAGAUAGAUCUCUAUGUGCCACAAUUAACACUUCUGGAUUUAUCCUCAAUUUUAAAAUCACUCAGUUGUCACGAGAUGAACGUUUAUUAAGAUUACGAAGUGUUAAUCGAGAUAAUUUGACUGAAGCUGCACGUCAAGCACGAGGAGAAUAUCUAUAUAUUCCUCAUCAUGUUGCACGUUACACUCUAGAUGCUCGCAAUCAAAUUCGACGAGAACUAGGAGAAUCUAGAAAUCGAUUAUACAGUGAAACAAGAAACUUAGAGUCCAGUAAUUCUCAAUUUUCCAAACGACUAAAGUCAAUUGAAAGGAAAAUCAACAAAGUCAUUCCCUAUAUAUUCGAUUUUGAUGAGAUACGAUGGCAUGUAGGAAUUGGUACAAUUUGCGGGAUAUUAUUCAUCUGGUUAUUGACUCUGAUUGCUUUGUCAUUGAAAUGCCAAUCCGAAAAGAAAUUACGAUCUGGCUUGCUCUGUGGAGUUGUUGUCAAUUGUCUAGCCACAAUAAUGCUUUGGAUGAUUUUCAUCACCGCAGUUGUUAUCUCAUCUCAUACAGAAGUGAUGACAUGUCGACCACUUGAAGAUCCAAAUUAUAAAAUGAUCGAAGUCCUGCUGGAGACCAAAGCAUUCCUAGGAAAACCGUUAAACCGUCCUCUAAAGGAUUUACUAGAGAAGUGCAGACAGAAUGAAACAGUUUACCUCAAUCAGCCUACUAGCAAACCUCUGGAGUUGGGUGAGAUGACAGAUUACUGGAAAUGGUCAGACCUGACUAAAGCAUUCUCUUCAUUGAAAGUUGAUCUACGUAGUUUGAAAAUUCUUACUCCAAGCUUGGAAGGGAAGCUGGAUAAUGUCCAGUAUGCUUCUGGUAUAAAUCUUACGGACUAUCGAUCAAAAAUACGUGGACCAAUAGUUGAUAGAGAUUUGAAAGCUCUAUCAGACCAGAUCUACAAUAUAGCAAGGCAGUUAAAUGACCGCAGGACAUCAAGGGAAUUCGAAACAAUUGGUUUGUCAAUGCGAAAUCUUAUGGAAGAUAGGGUGAAGCCUCUGAUGAUGAUCCAAGACUCGUUGGUUGAUCAACUAAUAACUUUGGAAAUCCAAUUACGUCCUUACCAACGCAAAGUCAACGAUACUAUUAGUCAGCUGAAGAAAAUUCAGUACUACAUAGAUCUACAGGGGGAAAUUAUUUCACAGCUGAAAACUAAGCAGUAUGUUGAGAGACUCAAUAGCUACCUAGAUCAAUGGAGAACUCAUGUUUUAACAGAAAUGACACUAGGGGUUGCUAAAUGUCCAUUAUGGGAUGUUAUGGUUGGUUUUAAAACACUUUUUUGCUACAACAUCCUAGGACCAUUGGAUGGGUUCUGGUUCAUAAUUGUAUUGUGUAUAUGGGUAAUUACAGUAAGCACACCAAUAGCACAUGUUUUAGCCACUUCUUAUAGAGAUACUUCUGGGAAGAUGAUGAUCUUCACAACAUCUAGACAAGAUAGUGCAGAAACGGUGGUGAUAGAUAGAGCAACUUGGCGUAGUCCAGAUCCUCCACCACCACCACCACCACCUCCUCAUGACGAUGAUUGGUGAUUAAUUGAUUAGGAAACUUCAGGCAAUCUUCAAUAGUGAAAUUCCAUUGUAAUCAUCUAUUUAUUAUCUCAAUAAAUUGAGUCUUUUUCUAGUGAAUAUUUUUAUGUUUGCAUUAAGAAACCUGGAUCUUAAAACAAAAA